AUGGCUGCGGCUGCACCUUCUUCAUUACGGUCCUGCGCUGCCCUAUGUCUGAGCAGCGUCACGAUCAAGCCUACUGCGAACCGCAAAGCGGCAAAAUACGAGAUCUUCCUCGAUUAUACCCUGAUGCAGACAAAGGGCACCCUGGUAAAUGCCCAAUGCUACCUGAAGACGAAUAUUGUGAAGUUUCUGGCAUACGAGGAUAUCCACCACCAUCGAUCAAGGACAGAGAUUGAAUUUGAGCUCCUAAUCACCUUCGUGCAGAAUUUGGAAAAGAUCGCGACAGCACACCUUGCCGGGAUGCUUCUGAUCUAUGGCCAGGUGAAGAUUGCCCGCAGCAAUGAAGCCGCCAAGGGGUCUGGCUCUUCUAAGUGA